AUCGCGCAUUCUCCAGCCUGCUCCAGUCAGCUACAGUGCCUUUCGCGGUUAGGCAGUGUUGUUGUUGUUAUAGUCUGCAGUAUUGUACGUCACUUUUGCGAUCAUUACGAUGUCGUCUGGCGGUUGGGAAUUAGUCGGCAAGAAGAAAGACCGAACGAACGGAAAGGUGAACAAACUCACGAAGGCCGAGAAAAAGAAAUUCAUCGAGAACGCGCCGAAAGUCGAGGACUUCUUGCCAUUGAGUCAAGUAAAAACCCUUUACGAUAAUCUGGAUGGAAACAAGGAGACUAAGAAAUCUCCUAAGGCAAAAGAACAUAAAAUGAAAGAGAAUGAAGAAAAGAAAAAGCAGCAACAGCAGAAACAGCAACAACAAGCUGAGAAAAAGAAACAGGAGCCAAAGGAGAAACCUCCAAAAAAUAUAAAAGAUGCAUUGAAUGCGAUUGAUAUAAAAGAGCUCAAUAAUGUGCUGGCUACUGCACAGGCCAGAUAUCCUGAAGCCCCAUUAAUCUGGCUGAAGGAUCUCGCAGCAUUCCUCAAUGUUAAAAUUCCCAUCGACAAAGAGGACGCAAUUUUCUCAGGAAAGCCCAAGGAUUAUCCGUUGAGUUUAGUUCCUAAGACAAUCUCUUCUACAUUAGAACGCGUGGUAGAAAUGGCGGGCCAGCAGUCCGUCCAACAUUUCUAUGAGAUUACUCUCACCUCGAUGGCUACCGAUAUGGUAAAGGGAAUCCCCGUGGUUGGUCACAAGAUAUUUUUGCAGCUGCUGGCGCACCUAAAUCCCGAGAUGACCGCCGCAAACAUUCCCAAGCUGAUCACAAUAAGGAGUUCCUACGAGAACAGGAAGAACGUCGGCCUGUCCUUGCUGUGGGCCUGGUCUCAGGCUGGCAGGAAAAAUCUGGCGGUCGGCCUGAAGAUCUGGCACGAGCUAAUGUCGCCCAUGCUGGACAUGAAGGGCUACUCCAACUAUGUUGUGCAGAUCUUGAACGAUCUCGUCUUCGGCCACGAUAACGUUCGUGACCUCAAUCUGGACCUUUAUCUGGACAUCAUUACGGAGACUUACUCCAACAAGUUCAGCAAUCAACCCGCGAAUCUGGCGGUAGAGAUCAGCGCGAGUAUCGAUAAGCUGAGAUCGAUAGUAUUUAAGAACAAGGACAUAAAUUACACGAAAUUGUUCGAAGUGUUGCUCGGAAGAGUGACGCCGAAGUCGCAUGCGGACUACAGGUGUGAGAUAAUCAAGGCACUCGCGGAUUGUCUCGUCACGGAACCUCGUUGCUUCGCCAUCUGGGGUUCCGUCUACACCUCGUACUUGUACCAAUCCAGACUUCUCUUGCAGUACAUCGAUGCGAAUUUGCCUAGUUUGCAACCGCAGUUCAAAGGCAAGCACUUCAAGGAAACUCUCGCGAUUUUCCAAAACAGUAACGAGAAAUGGAAGAAAGUCAAAGACGAAAGUCUCGCGAAUACAUGCAAGAUCACAUCUCAGGCACUAUUAAAGAAGAUGACUUCUUCCACACGCCGUGGUUUUCCCUGGGGAGUAGGCAGUCUGUUUCUCUUGCUAAUUAUUGGUGCUAUUGUAGCAUAUGACACUCAAAAGCAUGGUUCCUUCGAGGCAUCCCAAAUUGGAAUAUUCGUGAAAACUAGCGGGAUCUCCAAGUAUUGUGAAAAGGCGUGGACUACUAUAAAGUUGUAUUCAUCUGCAGGACACCAAACAAUUAAAAAUAGCUCAGAAUAUUACAAAGCCGCAGUUGAUCUGUGUGUGCCAUAUGUCAAAUUAGCUGGCGAUGUCUAUGUCAUAGUAAAGAAUGUUUCAAUUAAAGUAUACAACAACGCCUUAGUAUACGUCGAGCAGAAGACACCUGUAGUCCUGGACACAGUUGAACACUAUCUCCCAGGAAUUGUUGAUCAAAUUCAAUCCCGAAGUCUCCAAGCAUUAGAGUUUGUGAAAGCUUCUUUAGCUCUGGUUGGAGAGAAAGUCAUUGAACAUUCCAGUGCAACGAUAGAAUGGUUGGGAAAAAACGUUUUUGUAGGCAAACUUAGCCCAGAGAAUCUCGGAAAUUGCGCCGUAUGGACGAUACGCACAACACUAUCAUACGCGAGUGAAACGUACGACUGGGUGUACGAAAAAGUGCAAACUCUUUCCAAAAUGUCAUGAAUAAUAAAUCCAGCGGUUUGUUCUACAUUACAACGCAAUUCAUUGCGUCGGUAACGAGACAGAAACCUGCCUCCCCUUCAUACAUCAGCAUUUAUUAUUUAUGACAGAAGUUGAAGAGUUGUAUUAAUACUUUUGAACAUCAGGAAUGCGUCGGCCAUUUUACCUGUGAUAUUUCUAAAAAAGAAAGAGAAGAAAAAGUAUCUAUAUUGCCUUUUGGUCUUUGGUCCUGACAUGAAAAAUUUUGUGAGCUUAUGAUAAAUACGAAUAAUCGUAGACAUUCUCUUUUAUUAAGAUACUUGUGACUUGGAAAUCAUUAUUCAAGUAAUCUAGAUAACACGUGUUAGUCUCUGUGCGUAUGGUAGACUUUAAUAUAUUUUGUAUUUUCAUUUAUAAUUUUGAAAAUAUUGAUUGAUUACUUCAAUUACUGAGUUAUUAAAUAAAAGUACAAUUUUUCGUAGCAAAGCUUUUCUUGUAGAUAUAAUAAAAAAGGAACGACCGAAGGUGUAAA